GGCUCCAGCUAUUGAUGGAGAGGAAUCAAGCCAAAAACGAUAUUCACCUAUGGAGGGCGUUGGUUACCAUCGCAAGCAAAGUAUUCUGGAAGUUGGAUUUGAUUUAGCAAAUAUAUAACUGCUAACGCCAGCACUACAACCCAUUUGUUCUCAUAGGCGCUUUCUCACUCCACCAACCGAAAAUAUGGAGGAGCUGCGCAGCUGCAUUUCCACAGCCAUUCAUUUUCUAUCUCUCGCCAAAUCAGAGCCAUGGGAUGCCUUCCACAUCAGGCAGCAAGAUGAGGAAGGUUUGGUCAUGGAGGCGACUGGCUGGAGGCUCAAUAUCCCACUGGAGGAAAUGAAGGGUUCUUUGAUUGGAAUCUCGUUUCUUCUCGACAGUGGUGGAUACUUCUGGUGCAUCCUUUUGCAUGCCCUACAACACUGCUGUGAUACAGAAUGGCAACCAAUACGUGGCAGCGACGGACUACGUGUUGUGAACAGGAGUCAGAAUGGAAAAUUGUGGCUCUGUGAACUAGAGUAUGGCGAUGUACACAGCACAAUACCUUUUACCCUCCUGAAGAAAACAUCACCUGGUCGGCUUAUGAUCUCACAAGCCGAGUCCACUGGCGGCAACGUCGAUCAGAGCACGGUGCAGAUUUUCCUCACACUUUUGAAGAAUGCGUCGAUAGGGAAUUCAAAGUACUUUUGGCGGUGGAUACUGGCCAUCUGUAUUUUGGGGCUACAGUGCAUGUUGUGGAUUAUAGUCACCGUGCAUACUCAAACAGGAGGAGUGAUUUGUUAUCGCUAUCAAGCAGAAGAGUUCGAACAAUUGGAUUAAUAACAUCGAUGAGAAUGUUUGCUUCCCAACAAGCUUCUUCACGAUUCCAUAUUGAGUUUUCUCGACUCACGUUUCUGAAAAUAUAAGAAUGAGAAAGACUAUUGAGUGUUUCUUACUCCGAUUGUUAGGUGCGAUUUUACCCUACAGCAUGGCGCAUGUUCCUGGAGCUAAUCAAUGGCCAUUCUUGGACAAUUUCGAAGUUGGUGUCUUGAGGAUAGAGCGACACCAAGGCAGGACCCUUGUUCAUCCCCCGGAAAUGAUCCUUCUUCGCUGUCAAGCUACCUUCAUUACCAAACGCCUUGACUUUGCACCUCAGCAAGUGUUCAUUGUGAUCAAGAAAAUGACGAGUGAUGGCGGCAAUUUUCACGAAGAGCUCCAAUUCCUCCUAUAUACCAUGCGAAUGAGGCUUUGUUCUCCUGGCAUUUACCAUACGGAUGAAGGCCAUUCGAUUCGACUUGCCAUAGGGUUUACCCGGGAUUGUUUGAUCUCGCUCUCAGGAACCAACGUCGACCAUGCUGAAGGACGUCUAACAGAUUUCUAUCCUGUCGUCCCAGGGGUUUGGGAAAUCAUAUUCGCGUUGCAAAAUUCGGAGUACAUUGUAUCAAAGCGAGGCAGUCUCGCAGAGCUGGUACAAGUCGUUCACUACAAGGAACCGGCCUCCCCUCCCGCACUAAGCCUAAGCUAGCCCUUACUCGUACCUACCAAUUGCCGGUACGAGUUUGCGCUUUUGGAAGGAAGCCCUGGGAGAAAACAAUGUAUGUAGAAUUUUUCCUCAUAGUAUUGAGGGGCUAUUUGAAAAGGGACAUCAUAUACAUCAAUGAGAAAAUCUGGGAUAUAGCCACUGUGGUUUCCUAGACGUGAGGAAAGAGGCUGUCGCAUGGGUCCUGAAGUAUUUCGUCUAAUGGCACGCUGUA